UCCGCAGAGCGGGAUCCUCUUGCCUCCGGUCCACCAGUUACAGCGCAGAGGCACCCGCGGCAGAGCCGCCAGCCAGCCCGGGACAGCAUGUCCGGUACCAAAUACGUAGACGCGGAGGGUUUUCUGUACACGGCGCCCAUCAGGGAGCAGGGCAACAUCUACAAGCCCAACAACAAGAUGAUGGCAGAUGAGCUGAGCGAAAAGGCGGUGCACGACGUGCACACCAAAGAGAUCGACCUGGUCAACCGAGACCCCAAGCACCUCAACGACGACGUGGUCAAGAUUGAUUUUGAAGAUGUGAUUGCUGAGCCAGAGGGAACACACAGCUUUGAUGGGAUUUGGAAGGCCAGUUUUACCACCUUCACUGUUACAAAAUACUGGUUUUAUCGUUUGCUCUCAGCAAUCCUUGGCAUUCCAAUGGCUCUCAUCUGGGGCAUCUACUUUGCCAUUUUGUCAUUCCUGCACAUCUGGGCGGUGGUGCCAUGCAUAAGGAGCUACCUGAUUGAGAUCCAGUGCAUUAGUCGCGUCUAUUCGAUCUGCAUCCACACAUUCUGCGACCCACUGUUUGAGGCCAUAGGCAAAAUGUUCAGCAACAUCCGAGCCACAGUACAGAAAGAGAUUUGAGGGACAUUUCAAGGAGAGCCAACAGCCUAGAAAGUGGGUGGGAGUUUUGUGUUGUUUGAAGUGUUUUGGUGCCAGUUUCUAGUUUCCCAAAGCAACAUACAGCAACUGGUGGUGGAUAUACUGGCCCAAAACAAACAAUCACUUGCUCAGUUUCUUUUUCUACUGUUUAUUCUUACUGGACUACUCACUUUUUUUUUUUUUCCUUCCCUUCCAUCUGCAUUUCAAACUAACCUUAAAUGGCUGCUCUUCAAUGCCAGCUAUAUAUCAUUCUGCUGGCUGUUCAAUUUAGAGACUGAAGUGUUGUUGAAUGCCUUUUUAUCUCAUCCUUCAUUCCUUGUGAGAUAAAUCCACAGUGAUUCUGAAGAACGACACAAAUGCUUUCCAACACUAUAAAGCCAUUCAUUUUAUUGUGGCCGAAGAGUGCAGAGCUAUUGCAGCAGAAUAAACGUGACCAGCUGGCAGGUUUCAGCAGAAUGUUCUUUUUCAAUUGGAUUGUCAGUUGACUGCAGCUAUUUACAGUCAUAGUUAGAUAUGGUGCACUAUGGAUAAAUUAGUUAAGCAAAUGAAUCACUGAAGUGAUACAUGUACCAAAAAUCUAACACUUUAUCAGGUUGGAGACAGUAACAGAUGAAAGCUUUUCAUGUGCAUAAAAAGUUUCAAUCAGUGCCUUUCUGUCUCAUUCUGUCUUAGACAUUUGCAUCCAGUCUUUUCUCAACCUUUCCUAGGUUUGCAGAAGCAAACUGCAGUUGAGACUAAAACUGGUCAUUAAGGAAGUGUUUUCCUGACUGUGACUUAGGACACAUCCCUUAGCAAGUAUUUAGGUGCUUCUCUCAUAGGCUUUCGUUGUUGUUUUU